ACACACAAUCGUGCAUGAGUUAGUUCGUAUCCAAUAUUCAUUGAAAUCAGUCUCGAAAUGGCUAACAUAGCACUAAAUAUUAAAAAACAAGGGACGAGGUCAUUAUUGCGUAUUCUGUUGGCAUUACUUAUGGUAUCAAUUGUGCACACUGACGAACCAACAAACUCGUUGACACCCUGUAAAUUACACGACUCCAACAAUGGAGGCUGCUUAAAAGAUCUGUGGCAGAAUAUUCUUAUAAAGGGCAUCAAAGAUGUGCCCGGCGUCAAGUGGAUUUCCAUCGAUCCCUACAAAAUUAAAAGAAUACACGUGAAAGUGGAUACUCCCAUCGUUAAUCUAGACAUGGACUUCAAAAAAAUUGUCAUCACGGGUCUCAUAAAUUCAAAAGUAACGGAUGUAAGUGUAAAGAACGAAAAAACAUUCUAUUUGGGUUUGAAAAUACCUAAUAUACUUUUGAAAGCCGAGUAUGGUCUAGCUGGACGAGCACUGGUACUCAAUAUUGAUGGAAAAGGUCCCGCCGAGGUUGAAAUGAAGGAACUGGAAAUGGAAUUCGCAGUUGACACCAAACGUGUUAAAAAAGAUUCGGACGAUUUCUUUGAAGUGCAGUCGUUGAAGUCAAAUGUCAAACAUAUUGGGUUCAUGCAUUUCCAAUUCGAUAAUCUGUUUGGAGAAAAUAAAGCAUUGACCGAUAGUGCCAAUGACGUGUUUAACCAGAACUGGAGUCAGUUAAUAGAACUAAUGCGCCCGGUCAUUGAAGAAGCAAUUGAUGCCUCCUUAUUGGGCCAAGCUAAGAAAUAUCUAGAUCCAUUGCCCGGUCGUAUAAUUUUCUCCGAUUUAUAAAUGCAAAGAAAUUAUUUAUUAAGCAUAAGAUAUUUGUACGUCCAUAAGGUAGGUAUUAGCUUCGUUUUCUGUGGAAAGUUUCCACAAAACAUUGUUUCACUUGUUACAGAAAACCUCAAAAAGGCGCUGUUUAUACUAAAUUAAAAAAAAAAAAAACAAAUUGGUAA